AUGUGCUCCUCCACAUCAACACUUCCGCUUCUCAACUUAAAAAAGGUAAUUCAAGAUCAUCGUGAACAGUACCUAAUGGCUUUCAAUAUUCCGAUGCCUUGCUUUCCACUAGCCUCUUUCUCAACCUUCCUUCUCGUUUCUAUCGCUUCAAGAACUACCUUUUCAAUUUCAGAUGUAGUUUGCACCGAUUCGACAAGAGUAAAAUUGCGAUUGGGAGAGAAGGUUUUCGGUGACUAUAUCCAUGCAAAUUACGUUACUUCUCCGCUGUUAACAACAAAGUUUAUCUGCACUCAGGGACCGUUACAGUCUACUAUUCAUGAUUUCUGGCGGAUGAUUUUCCAAGAACGGAUAGAGUCAGUUCUCAUGCUAUGCAAGCCAUGUGAGGACGGCCGACCGAAGUGUUCUAUAUAUUGGCCGGAGACAGUAGGAGAAACAACAGCAUUCGACACAGUAGUUGUGAAAAAUACUGGUGAAGAUGUCGACGAAUUCGCCACGUCAACGUCGUUAAUGGUGGAGUUAAAUCCGGAAUACGGUAUGGUAUGCAUUCGCAAGCAGACUUACAGGUGGCCAGACCGAGGCGUACCUGACCACAAUUCAUGCCGAAUACCUCUUUAUCUUCUUGACAGAGUACGGCAUGCUCCAUGUGUUGUUCACUGCUCAGCUGGUAUUGGUCGGACGGGUAGUAUCAUAGCUCUUGAGCUGGCACUUCAAAAAGUCGUAGUCGGUAACAAGAUCGACUUUGAACAGAUCGCUCGAGAGUUGAGAUGUGCCCGAGCCCAGUGCAUACAAACGGAAGUGCAGUAUCUAUACAUUCACCGGGUGAUGAUCGAGAACGCUCUUCUGCAUAUAAAUCUAAACGAAUCGACGCGAGCAACUGGGCAGCGGUUUCUUCGAGAGUAUGAUGAUAAGAUGCGAAAAUAA